AGGGGCUGCAGCCUCGGCGGCAUGUUAAUCAGGCGACGCGGGCCACGCAGUUGGCACACUCGAGUAGCAGGUAGACGCAGACAGCAGGGCAGACUGUAAUCAAGCACAAUGCAUCGACAGCACCCGGCCAACAGCCCGCAACCACAUCUCGACGCGGAAGAAGCGAUGCCUCUCGGUAACUCCCACACCAAGCGUCAGACCCGCGCCCGUCGCGACGAGCCGAGAAGAAGCGGUGACACGGCGUUUUUCUGUGCCAGCAAAGGUCACGGCGUGUGGGAUGCCGCAGAAAAGAGCCUCCAGAGCCUCCAGAGCCUCCUCAGAAGACCAGCUCAGGCCAGACCUUGGGUCGAUCCGCCGAAAAAAGGAGGUGGGGCGGAUGGAGGGACAGGUGCGCCACCAAAUCUGAAACGGCCCUUGUCUGACCCCUCGAUCAGCCCAGGGGCGGGCAAGGCCGCUGUUUGGCUCGCGGCCCAGAUUCCACUGCCCAGCAAGCCACUCGCGUCCCAUCUCGGCCGCCUCUCCCCUCCCCUAGCUUCGCACCUUUUCGUCGGCACCAGCUGCCCGGACCAUGUCGCCCGGGCUGCCGUCGCCACUCUCCAGCCAGGAAACCCUCCCCCUGCUCACGGGUGA